CAGCAAUUUCUCCAUUCCCAACUGGUAGCUACCUCGAGUGAUCCAGCUAGCUAACGAACGCUUCACAUUGAGAGUUCUGGGUUGAUGUUCCAUAUUUUCUUUCCUACUAGUAGAACCCCCGCUUGGUAAAAUUCGAAGAAUAAUACAGAUUAUUUUAAUUCUACUGCACAAAACAAGUGCAAAGUUAAUAGCUACUUUUAAGCUAAUUUGCUAGCAUUGCUAGUUAGGAAAGCUAACGUUACGGUAUUUUGUUUUCUGAGAUUUGGCUAAAAGGGCGGGUAUUCUUUUUGUUUUUGCCAUCCCAGCCCCCAGCAGCUUGUUAUUGCUCAUUCGAAGACUGUAGUAAAUCGUAGCUAGCGUGCUCGUUAGCUUGAUAAUAUCGUGCGUAUUCAGCCAGGAAGCCAAUUCAAGGCCUUGCUUACCACAAGUCUUUGCAUCGUCGUGCAGUGAGAGCUGACAGCUUACUUGGUGACAAAGAGACUUCUCCCUGAGGAGCCAAGAAGUAGACGGCUCAUGACUUCUGACCAGGAUACAAAAGUUGUAGCUGAACCACAGGUGCAGCAAGUACAAGAAGCAAAAGAGAGCUCUCAUCUGGAAUCUGCCAAGUUUUCUGACCUGAACCCCAAUGCAAAAGCAUGGGCCAAUCACAUGCUUAACCUGGACACCGCCACUGCGACUGGGACUGCGAACACACCUGCUCUCCAGCCAUGGAAGGAUGGCUGCGAUAGCAGCUCGGCUGACCCUGGGCCAGAAGGCUAUGAAGCCAGCAAAGACAAAGUGUUUGAGGAGCCCCUGUUGGCCGACCCAGAUGAGCCUCCACCGGUGAUGAUGGCAGAGCCAGCCCCCAUGGCCGCAACCGUCACCCUGGAGGGCUCCGACCCUGCUGCAUACCCAGAGUCUGGCCAGGAGGCAACUCACACAGACAGUGAGCUCCAGCAGGAGAGCCGUCAGGAGGACCUCCGGGAACACCUGAAGAAGACUCUGGAGUUCUGUCUGUCCCGGGAGAACCUGGCCAGCGACAUGUACCUUAUCUCUCAGAUGGAUAGUGACCAGUAUGUGCCAAUCGUUACAGUAGCUAACCUGGACCACGUCAAGAAACUCAGCACGGACGUGGAGUUAAUCGUUGAUAUCCUACGAUCUCUGCCGUUGGUCCAGGUAGAUGAGAAGGGGGAGAAAGUGAGACCCAACCAGAACCGCUGCAUCGUCAUCCUCAGAGAGGUCCCUGAGAGCACUCCUGUAGAGGAGGUCGAGGCUCUUUUUAAAGGAAAGAACUUACCCAAAUUCAUAAAUUCUGAGUUUGCCUACAACGACAACUGGUUCAUCACCUUUGAAUCAGAAGCAGAUGCACAACAGGCAUAUCAGUAUCUUCGUGAAGAAGUGAAAACCUUCCAAGGGAAGCCUAUUAAGGCACGGAUAAAGGCGAAGGCAAUUGCUAUCAACACUUUUAUGCCAAAGAAUGGCUACCGCCCGGUGGAGGUCAACCCAUAUGCUCAACAGCAGCAGCAGCAGCAGCAACAACAACAACAGCGUUACACCUCGUACUACAUUCCUCCAGUGUACAGCCCUCAGCAACAGUUCCCCCUCUACAGCCUUAUCACUCCACAGGCCUGGUCAGCCACCCACAGCUUCAUAGACCCUUCACUGGUUACAUCAUUUCACAACACCCAAUUCAUCAAUGGAUUUACAACAUCCCAUAGUUUUAAACCAGCGACGUCUCCUCUUGCUGGUGUUAGGCACUACUCUCCCAGGAAUAGGAAUCACACUCACAAUAAACCUCACCUGAGGCCCACAAUACCCAAUGCAGAUCAGCGUGGCACAGGGCUCCUGGACAACCCCACCAUCUUCAACUUCCCCACAGAGCGCAUCCUGAACGGGGUGCCCCGGGGUUCCCCCCAGACGACGCGGCUCCUGAGCCAGAACAGAACCAGGUUACCCCCCUCCACCAUGACCUACCCUAGGAGGGACAUCGGUACGGGUCGGGUGGAGCCCGUCAGCACCGACUACUCACUGGGCAUGGGCCGUGGAAGGACAAAUAUUUAUGGUUCUAGGAAAAAGAGGGAUGACAACAAGUUUACAAGAGUGGCCACCCAGUCACCCCCUCCUCAAAAGCCCCCGUCCCCCAGCUUUGAGCUGGGGCUCUCCAGCUUCCCCCCCCUGCCUGGGGCCGCAGGCCACCUCAAGACCCCUGACAACAUGUUUGAAAACAGACUGGCCAGCAUGGUAAUAGGAGCCACAAAGGUCAGGAAUGUAUGUGUUGAUGCCAGCGGUGCAGGCGCCCUCCUCCCUUCAGGAGGACCCAAAGAGCCACUGAGGACUUUCACAUCUCCACAGCCCCCGAGCCUCCUUACUGCUGCUCCCCAAGCCCUGACCCUAGCACCAGCCUCGGGCCUUGCCCCUAUCCCCACUCCCUCCCAACCCGCAGAGGAAGUGAAAGUUCCGGAGGCGAAGCAGAAGGAGAACCGGGUCUCUGUGGAGCUGGUCACUGACACCCUAUACACUGCUAGCAAAUCUGUUCAAGUCAAUGGGGCUGCUACAGAACUGCGAAAACCCUCUUACGCUGAGAUCUGUCAGAGGAUUAAAGACCACGCUCCGACACUACAGGCCCCUAAAGAGGCCAAGCCAGCCAGCAGCGCUGCCUCCGCAGGAGAGGAGAGGAAGUGCCCUGACGCAGCUCCAGGGGACAGGGGCGAGCCCAAGGCCCCCCGAGAGACAUACCCAGGCUCCUCCAAACCUGCUAACCCAGGCAGACCCCGAGAGGUCCGGAGACCAACCGGCCGGUGGCCCUCACCACCUCCCCACCACCCAGGGAAGGGUCCCAGCAGCAAAGAUCUCAACACCCCCCCAAAGUACCUGCAGUAACCCCCAACUGCAAUAAAGUCAAUUUCAAAACAAAUGUGUGAGAGGAAAAACAUCUGGAAAAAGUCAGGGCUAUUGAAAUACAACCUAUCCCAAAAUUAUCAGUCAGUCACAGCAUAGAGAGGAUGUGUUUCUGGAUCAGGGCUUACUGACAAUAGCACCUCAGUGUGCAUGUAGAGAACCGUUCAUCUUAUUUAUUUUUUGGGAGGUUUAUUUCAUUUGGAUUUUUUUUGCAUUAUUUUGUGUCAAUCAGUCAAAUGAACUCUUGUUCAGAUUAGUGGGAUAAAUUCAUAUGUCCAAACUGCCUUCCAAGAUAAUAUUGUGAGAGUAGGUAGACUGGAAGCCACCCAGUGAGUGAAUGAAAGGAAGUGGAUGAGUAACGGAAUAGCGGUUUAGAUCUUGUUAGUUGUGGGGGGUGUUUCUGUAUGUUGUAUGCAGUCCUAAGAUGUAAUGUGAUUCCAUUGCAGGAUGAGAUGAUCAGUCAGUCAUCAGAUUGGCGUCCCAAAUGACACCCUAUUCCCUAAGUAGCGUACUACUCUCGGUCAAAAGUAGUGCACGACAUACGGAAUAAGGCGCCAUGUGGGACGUAGCCAUAAUUGUUUUUACAUAUUUACAUUCAUAUGCAAGGUCAACUAGUCUAGUGUCAUUUUAGACUUCACUGAAAUCCACAGAAGACUUACUUUCUGAAGGAUUUCUGAGAUUCUUUUUGCCAACACGGAACUCUUUGUCAUUGUAACACCAGCAUAUGAGGAGAAUACAUUUAUUUGCAUACUGGUUUUGAUUGUUGGUACAAGUACCUCUAGUUGUUGCGUGCUGGUGGUUUUAAGAGCGCCAAAGUCUUUAUCUGGUAUUUCUUGUGGUAAACAAUAAAAUGUAGUUUUCUGCUAUCCCAUUCACAGGAGUCUGUUUCCUAGCCGUAUAAAGCACAUUGAUAGUUAGGCCUAUUAGAGAGAGGUACUAUCAGUGUCAUUAGAAAUCUACAUGUAUUUUCAUCUCAGAAAAAAAAGCAUAAAUUCAUCACGUGGUGGCUAUUGGUGACUCUACUCCUUCUAAAUUUAGCUGUGAAACGAGCAUGUCAAAGACUAGUUCAGCGGGCACAUGUUGGCAGUGGAGGUGGCUGGGCUACUAUAAGGAGUAGGCAGUAGGGUUUUGGCAGGGUGCAGUGACUUCAUUAUUUCAGAUAGCUAUGGUGCUAGAGGAUGAACCUGGAACGUGUUACUUCAAUGAAUCUGGUACUGUACUUAGAAAAUAAUACUUGAUACAUGUCGUCAACUAAACUUUGCACUAUUUGUUUUGAUUCUGGACAUACAGAAGCAAAAAGGGAACAUGUGAAUCUAGUUUCAUAUUGUCUGAAAUGUAAAGAGGAAUAUUGAAACUGCUGAAUGUCACAUUAUAAGCCCUUUAAAAUAUCAGUUCUACAACAAAUGUAGUUGUUUUCUCCCUCUUGGAAUUCAACUUUUCUUUUCAUUUGACUUGUGCAUUAUUAUUAAAUGUUGUGGCAGGGUAAUCAGUUUCAGAAGAUCUAAAUGUUGACUAAUUUGAUUUAACCUCUACAUGGAGAAAUUCACACGAGUUAAACUGUUUGUUUACUGCCAUGUAAAUGCCUACUAGACAUACUUCCGUGCAGGAUAAAAAUAACUUUAGUCUUUAGUUAUUUUCUUUUGUGCUCACUUUCAUUGAUUUAAACCUGUGGAGUUCCACUAACAAUGGCUUAUUUUUGCAGUGGUGUUUUAUUUGAUUUUGUUUUCCAUUUUAGGUAGUGAAUUAUGAAACCACUGGUAUGUGGUGUUUUUUUCAUUUU